GGAAUCCGGGCAUCCGGGAAAGCAGCCCUAAUCUCAAGGCCGCGGCUGCGAGCGCUGCUUCCCACCUCCCAACUCCAGAAGUCCUCCCUAGACGCCGCCAGCCGCGCGCACACCCACCGAGAGCUCCUCGGGCUUUCUUUCUCCGUUCCUCCCUCGCGCGCUCAGGGUUUCACGAUGGAGGCCGAGGCGGCGGCCAAGAGGGCGCGGGAGGGCGGGGAGGACGCCACCGCGCCGGUGGCGGGGGCCGAGGCGGUGGUCGCCGGUGCUGGCGAGCAGGCGGGAAUCUCCGCCGUCAUCCCAGGAUGGUUCUCCGAGAUCAGCCCCAUGUGGCCCGGUGAGGCGCACUCCUUGAAGGUGGAGAAGGUUCUGUUCCAGGGCAAGUCAGACUACCAAAAUGUGAUGGUUUUUCAGUCCUCCACGUACGGGAAGGUGCUUGUCCUCGACGGAGUUAUUCAGGUGACAGAGAGGGAUGAGUGCGCGUACCAAGAGAUGAUUACUCACCUGCCCCUUUGCUCCAUCAAAGACCCCAAGAAGGUGUUGGUUAUUGGAGGGGGGGAUGGUGGUGUUUUGCGUGAGGUUUCACGGCAUAUCUCUGUGGAGCAGAUUGACAUCUGUGAAAUUGAUAAGAUGGUGGUAGAUGUCUCCAAGCAAUUUUUCCCUCAUCUAGCUGUUGGAUUUGAAGACCCUCGUGUGUCAUUACACAUUGGAGAUGGGGUUGCCUUCUUGAAAAAUGCUCCAGAGGGUACAUAUGAUGCAGUAAUUGUGGAUUCUUCUGAUCCGAUAGGUCCUGCUCAGGAGCUUUUUGAGAAGCCUUUCUUCCAGUCGGUGGCCAGAGCUUUGCGUCCAGGUGGAGUUGUAUGCACCCAGGCAGAGAGCAUAUGGCUACAUAUGCACAUCAUUGAAGAUAUUUUCGUCAAUUGCCGCCAAGUUUUCAAAGGCUCAGUUAACUAUGCUUGGACAACAGUACCUACAUACCCUAGCGGAGUUAUUGGGUUCAUGCUUUGCUCCACCGAAGGGCCUGCUGUUGAUUUCCAGCACCCUGUUUUCAACAUCGAGGAGGAUGAACAUUCUACGAAAUCAAAAGGACCCCUUAAGUUCUACAACUCGGAGAUCCACACGGCAUCAUUCUGUUUGCCCUCUUUUGCAAAGAGGGUAAUUGAGUCAAAGGCAAGCUAGACGUGAGGAUACUUCACCAAGUCCAGUCGAUUGGGUUAAGUACCUUAGGCGCAACACAAAAUUUGUUGUCGUGUGAAAAUGGGAUGCCUCCCUCCCCCACCCCCCACUUGAUGAAUAAGCACAUGAGAUGAGAUGCAACGGUUAUCGGAGUUGUCAGUCUAUACGAUUCUGUCUGUUGUAUGUGCCGGCUGCCAGGUGCAGCUAUGAAAACGUUUUGCAAUAGCUGUUUUCGGCAGUGCUC